UUGGGUUUUUCCUGGCCCUUCAACGAUUUCUGUUUACAUCAGGCUCACGCUUUCAGGUCCAAUUACUAAAUUUCUGACAGUUUCCUUUAUUUUAAGCCUAGUUAAGUAUAUCCAACUGUUAUCGAGUGAUUUAUGGCCAACGUGAAAGUGGAGAACAUGAAUACUUCCGGAGGAGACCUGAAUAAAAGUGGAGGACGUGGUGGUGGACCGGGUAACCAAAAAUUCAAUAAUGCCGGCUUCGGCGGCGGCAAAGGCAGAAGUCGUGGUGGUGGAAAGGCCGAUGGCCGAAAUUUCAACAACAAGGGCCCUGGUGGACCCGGCGGACCUGAGGGCAAUGAGCAAAGAGGGGAGAGAGGUGGCCGUGGAGGUGGACGAGGAGGAAGAGGUGGUCCAUCUGGGGAAAGAUUUGCAGAGGACAGAAUCAUGGACAAACUGAGGUCUAUAAGCGGACCUACAAUCGACCUACCUCCUCAACAAGAAAAAGACAAGAAGUUUGGUGGGAACUGCAGGCUCUAUGUUGGUAAUGCUGGCACCAACUUCACAGACAAAGAUCUCGUGGAAAUGUUCAAACCCUAUGGAGAAACUAGCGAGCCAUUUUACAGUGCAGAAAAGAACUUCGGAUUUAUCAAGAUGGAUUUCCGCAGCAAUGCUGAGCGAGCUAAGAGGGAACUAGAUGGCCAAAUGCGAAAAGGCAAACCCUUGAAAGUGCGAUUUGCUCCACCUGGAACUAUCCUCAAAGUGAAGAAUUUAUCAGACCAGGUUUCUAAUGAGCUGUUGGAGCUAGCCUUUAGCGUUUUCGGCGAAGUUGACCGAGCUGUUGUUAUAUCAGAUGAAAGGGGUAAUUCAACAGGUGAAGGAAUCGUAGAAUUCUCUCGUAAACCCGGUGCAACAGCUGCUCUGCGAAAAUGUUCAGAAGGCUGCUUCUUCAUAACAAAUGACUUGCGCCCUGUAAUCGUUGAGCCCUAUGAACCUAUUGAUGACAGUGAUGGUCUUCCAGACAAAAAUCUCAACAGAAGGAAUCCAGCCUUCAUCAAAGCGCGAGAGAGCGGGCCUAGAUUCGCCAAGCCUGGUAGUUUUGAAUAUGAGUACGGAACACGUUGGAAGAAUCUGUACGAACUUUUCACACAAAAAGUAGAAACACUUAAGCGAGAGAUGAAAGUGGAGGAAGAGAAACUGUCUGCUCAAAUGGAAUAUGCACGAUACGAACAUGAGACAGAACUACUUAGAGAACAAUUGCGUCAGCGGGAAGAAGACCGAGAAAGACAGAAAAUGACUUGGGAAAUGAAAUCGAGGCAGGUCGAUGAGCUGAGAUUGCGUGAGGAAGAAUUGUCGAUGAGAAUGCUGACACCGGAGGAUGAAAUGCGGAUGAGAUCAUUGGAAGCCCCAGGCUACCCUCAGGAUCAGAAGCCAUUCGUUGAAGCUUUCGAUAGUCCGAGAGGAUUCCCACCAGGCAACCGAUUUGACGCAGCCGACGGUCCUGUUCCGAGAGGAGGCGGACCCAGAGGCGAAGGCGGCAGGGGUGGUGGCGGCCGUUGGGCCCCAGCAGAUCGUCGAGGGCCUGGGCCUGGUGGACCUGGUCCGGAUGAUUUCCAAAACAAGCGACGCCGAUACUAGAGCAUGCGAGAUCUUCAAAUUCCCCCCCACAUAUUCUCCAUGUACAGUAUUAUGCUAUAGGAUCUUUCAUCUAAUUUGUACGCCUAGCAUGUCUCAGUCAAAGUCAUCGAAUUUUGCUUGAGUUGGGUAUUGAUGUAUAGUUGGUUCUAGUUAACAAAUAGUGCUCAUUCUUAAGAUUUCAAUACCCAGGCGUUCCUUCCGCUGCAAAUUUAAUCAACAUUGCCGAAAGGAAACAAAUCAGGGUGUCUGCAGAAGCGAAGAAAAAUAGGGGGAUAAAUUUUAUUCUAGGCCUGCAUAAACUUGGCCAAAAAAAUCUGGAAUUUUUCCUUGUCGUUUGAGUUUUCUUUGUUUUUCGAGUUUUGAUGACUGCAGGAACAAAAUGUUCAAAAAUAGAAUCUUGAUGCAGAAAAAAAAAACUCUUCCGCCAAUUUAAAUUAUGUCCAGAACCUCUCCCUUUUUGUUUUUGAGCGUUGGCAUCUUUACUGAUUGUAAAAACAAAGGAUUUUUUUUGUCAUUGUGGUGCGGAAAAGUCAAACCAAUUUAGUUUCAGAAUCUACAGACACCUUUUGAACAUUAAGUAAGUUUUAGCAGCUUUAUUACCUCAUACUGGGUUAUUAAUUCACUCUGUCAAGUUUUUGAAUCAUUUUUACAAUCUUAAACUCAACAUAUUACAUAUAAAUUUAUUGAUACAUCUCCUAUUCUCAGGGGUCUGAAUUUGCUUUAUAUCGUGUUUAAGUUGAUUAAUUAGAAAGUGGUUUUAAAAUAUGAUAUCCAAAAACGAACCAGAACCAAGGACAAUUUUUACAUAUUUUACACUCAGAAAUUUUUAAGAAUUCCAUAUUUUUUCUCCCUUUCUCUAUAUCUUAAUCAUUCAAAUUGAACGUGUUCUCAAAUUAUUUCUUAUUUCCCUUUUAAGUGCUAAAAGAGUUUUUAAUGUACAGUUCUUUUGGUUGCCAGAUUAUAAACUUUGACUCAUUUUUCGCAGAGAAAAAAGUAUUGAAUUCUUUUUUUUUCUCUUUUUUUUACUUAUAUCGUCAGAGAUACUUUGAGCCGGACUCAAUUUCGUGUUGCUUGUGGCAAUUCGAAGGGAGAAUAAAAUUGUCAGGAAUGGAUUCCGGGUGUUCCUUUAAAUCCCAGCAACAUACUUAAUCAGUGUUAAUGCCAUAAUCGAGCUGUAAGACGAUAAUUUAGUUGACGGCUCCUCAUUGUUUCCAUUUAAUUUAUUUUUUCUUCUUCGUGCUCUGUAACCAAUUACAGAUUUUUUUUUUACUAGACAUAACUUAUUUCAUUUUCUCACUCUCUUACCUUCUUUUUUUAUAUUAUCCUUCCAUUAAUCUUCGCUGUGAAUGUGUUUAUAUUUAUUGGAAUUUAUCACUGGAAGUUAAGUCACUCGAGACAGUAUCUUUUGUACAAAGUCUAGUUCAGUAAGGUCAGGUUUGAUUCUAUUCAAUUUGGAAGUCUGCGAUAAAAAGAUAAAAAGUUUUUUGAGUAGAACA